GGCUAUCGGGGCAGGUGUGCUGGGGCGAAAGAGUGUUACUUGCCAGCCUCGCCAAGACGCUAAAUGUGUCGACGGUACCUUCCUUGUUGGGAUACUUCACCCUAACACGGCAAUCUACGAUGUCCAAUACUUGGGUCAAGCUAUAUCUCCGAUUGCGCUGUCAAUGCGCAGCGGCGGCGAGGUAGCGCACUUGCAGACUACUUUACCUAGCCGAUGUCGCCAUGGCUUGACGCAAUCGCCAAUCCGCUGCGAUGGGACAACGAUACGUGAUUCGGGAGGCAACGACGAAGCAAGAGCUGGAUGAGAUACUGGAUGUCAUCUGGGCUGCGAACUACACACCUUAUGAGCCGUUCAUGCAACUGUUCUUCCCGGUCCUUGGCUACACGAGCGCCCAUCGCGACAUCGCCGUCGCCGAAUCAAAAGAACGCUUCUGGAAACAACACCAAGAGGAUAAUUCCAGCCACUGGUUUUACGCUUACGACACAGUUACUAACAAGACUGUCGGCUGCUCGCAAUGGGUGAUAUCGACCGUCAACCCAUUCGUUGCAGGCACACCGAAGUUGACUGCGCCAUGGUGGCCAGAGGGCGAAUAUCGGAGGUUCUGCGAGUCAAUACUCAAUCAGGUGUACAGGCCGCGAGCGAAUUGGAUGACGCGGCCACACUGUGCACUCAACUGGAUGGCGGUAGACCCUGCCCAUCGGAAUCGCGGUGUUGGCUCUCUUCUCAUGCACGUUGGUAUUACACGAGCGGACGGACUUGAUCUCGAAUGUUGGAUGGAAGCUUCUGCCAUGGGGAAACCGCUUUACGAGAAGUUUGGAUUUCAGUCUCUGCUGAAGAUUGCUUUCGACAACGAGAAGUCGGAAGCGAGCGACGAGUGGAGGAAGUGCGCGCAUGAGCUGACGCCUCCGCCAAUCUUUGCCAUGUGGAGACCAAGGAAGUCGUCUGGGGCAAGCCCCCAGGGAGAUUUCCAAUUGCCGUGGUCGCUAGGCACCGAAUCAUGAGAAUCUGGAUUCAAGUGGUCGGAAGAGAUGGUAGUACAGCUGACGGGGAGCUUGGUUAUGUGUGGAAAGGAUGCGAUCAGAUCGAGCCAUCGUAGAAGUUAAGCAGGGUCAGGCGCUAGCUUUGAGGGCGAAUGGGUGCCGAGUAGUUGUGUUGGAGCAGCGAAUGAAGUACAGCACUUUGCCUGUGUGAAGCAUGAGCGGAGUACAUUUCCUAGAUUAUGACAUUGAAGUGAGACGCAUACCAAUAUACA